UGCAGUUUUUGUUUUUGUUUUAAACAACUUAAGGGGGAAACAAAGAGAGACCCCGUUUUGGGUCCGAGGGAGGGGCUUAGGGGUGGAGUGGGGGAGAAAGCCACAGCUAUGGAGGUCGCCACGGACCAGCCCCGCUGGAUGGCCCACCACGCCGUUCUGAACGGGCAACACCCGGACUCGCACCACCCGGGACUGGCUCACAACUACAUGGAACCGGCGCAGCUCCUACCUCCGGACGAAGUGGAUGUCUUCUUCAACCACCUGGACUCCCAGGGCAACCCGUACUACGCCAACCCGGCCCACGCCAGGGCCCGAGUCUCCUACAGCCAGGCGCACGCGCGCCUGACGGGGAGCCAGAUGUGCCGGCCCCACUUGCUCCACAGCCCGGGCCUGCCGUGGCUGGACAGCGGCAAGGCGGCGCUCUCGGCGGCGGCGGCGGCCCACCACCACAACCCCUGGACGGUCAACCCCUUCGCCAAGGGGCCCCUCCACCCGUCGGCGGCCGGCGCGACCCCCGGAGCCCUCUCGGACAAUGCAAAACGCUUUUGUGAAUUUGUUUUUAAAGAAAGAAAUCCGGUUUCUUCGUGUUUCCAUUUAGAAGGCAGAGAGUGUGUCAACUGUGGAGCUACUGCCACCCCUCUCUGGAGAAGAGACGGCACUGGGCAUUACCUGUGUAACGCCUGCGGGCUCUACCACAAAAUGAACGGUCAAAAUCGACCUCUCAUUAAACCUAAACGGAGACUGUCAGCAGCGAGGAGAGCAGGAACUUGUUGUGCCAACUGUCAGACAACCACCACCACCUUAUGGCGACGUAAUGCAAAUGGGGACCCAGUCUGUAAUGCCUGUGGACUUUACUAUAAAUUGCACAAUGUGAACAGGCCUUUGACCAUGAAGAAGGAAGGAAUUCAGACCAGAAAUAGGAAAAUGUCCAACAAGUCUAAGAAGAGCAAGAAAGGCUCUGAGUGUUUUGAAGAACUUUCCAAGUGCAUGCAAGAGAAGUCUUCUCCUUUCAGUGCUGCUGCCCUUGCCAGUCACAUGACACCCAUGGGGCACUUGCCACCUUUCAGCCAUUCUGGACACAUCCUACCAACGCCUACCCCCAUUCACCCAUCUUCCAGCAUCUCAUUUGGACAUCCACACCCAUCCAGCAUGGUCACAGCCAUGGGAUAGAAUCUGAAGAUCCAAGGACCCUAACAAAAGACCUAAAAACACUGGGCUUUGCCUAAGAUGACACCAAGGAAACGAUUCUGCCCAGAAGAGAGAAUGUAGGGAAGGAAGGGAAAAAAGGGGAUCUCAUUCCAGUAU